GCGGGCUUGGCUCCAAAAUUAUUGUAAACUGCAGGAAUUGCAGCGAUCAUUCUAUAAACAGUUGCCCAUUAAUUAAUGAUCGUGCAUAUGAAGUCAACACACGUAUGAUUUUUGCAAUGCGCUUACUUGGUAUUGGAAUCAAUGGCAUUAAAAAGUUUUGCGCUUUCAUGGACCUUCCAAAGCCAGUUUUUCAAGUAACGUACGAUAAGAUUAUUUCUAAUAUUGCGAUUGCUACCGAACGCGUGCGCACUUUAUGUUUGAAAAGUGCAGCUGAAAAAGAAAAAGUAUUGUCUAUAGAGCAUAAUAACAGCGAUAGGCUUACAGUAUCUGGCGACGGUUCGUGGAGAAAGCGAGGUUUUUCUUCUCUUUUCGGGCUCGUUACGCUAAUUGGUUGGUAUACUGGUAAAGUGUUGGAUGUUUGUGUCAAAUCAAAGUAUUGUAAAGUGUGUGAAUAUUGGAAGAAAAAAGAAGGAACUGCAGAAUAUGAAGAAGGUUUUGCUGACCAUGAAUUGCAUUGCCAAGUAAAUCAUGAGAGUUCAGCGGGCAAGAUGGAGGUCGACGCCGUUGUUGACAUGUUCCAGCGCUCCGAAUCACUUCAUAAUGUGAAAUAUGUCAAUUACAUUGGCGAUGGGGACUCGAAAACCUAUAAAGGAAUUGUUGACGCCAAUCCGUAUGGAAAUGUUUCUGUUGCUAAAAAAGAGUGUAUUGGCCAUGUUCAAAAGAGAAUAGGAACUCGCCUUCGUAACGUAAAAAAAAAUACCGAAGACCUCGGGGGCCGAGGUAAAUUGACGGGUAAGCUCAUUGAUGAACUUACUAUUUUUUACGGACUUGCUAUUAGACGCAAUACUGAAUCAGUUGAAAAAAUGAGAAAUGAUAUAUGGGCAACCCUCUACCAUAAAAUAUCCACAGAUGAAAAACCGCAACACGAUAAGUGUCCAGUCGGAGUCGAUUCUUGGUGCUCUUGGCAACGGAGCAAAGCAUUAGGUACUCUUUCUACUUAUGCAGCAUAAGCCUCCUAUGCAUAAAGAUGUUUUUGAAGCAAUUAAGUCGAUUUACGAAGAACUAAGCUCUGACGAUCUUCUUUCACGUUGCUUGGGUGGAUACACCCAAAAUCAAAACGAAUCAUUCAACGCAGUUGUAUGGACCAUUGCAUCGAAAACAGUGUCAAGCGGAAAGACUGUGCUUGAUAUAGCGACUGAUAUCGCUGCCAUCACUUUCAACGAGGGGUUAUCAGGCUUAUGUUCUAUCUACGAUGCACUAGGAAUAACGGUUGGACGUACAUUAUUCGACUUUUGCAUGGAAUCGGACGCCAAUCGCAUCAAGGCCGCUGAACACUCCAUUUCCGAGAUUGAGAAAACGGCUAGACGCAGCCUUACAUCGGCGAGAAAAGAGCUGCAGGACCAGAAUACGACUUUGGAAGGGCAAUUAUACGGUGCUGGGAUAGCAGAGUGAAGAUGGUGAUCCAAGGGACUUCUACUGCGUGCCGCGGAGAUACUUUUUUAAAUGUUGUUUUUAAUUUAUUGACCAACAGCCGCCAUUUUGUAAAUUUAGGCCAA